AUGGCUAUACACGUGCUUUUAGCAUCUACAGCGCUUAAAACGAUAAGUGUUACUGGAUUGUGGGUGAUACCGCUCCUGCUUGGAGCACUCACGUAUCACAACUAUAGUUCGUACGAUCCCGAAGCGAAAGUGCUCGACAGGGAGCCCAGCAGGGAGUAUGAUUUCAUCGUAGUGGGCGGUGGGUCCGCUGGAGCUGUGGUGGCGAAUCGACUGACUGAGGUGAAAGACUGGAAUCUUCUACUGUUAGAGAGUGGUCCAGACGAAAACGAGAUCACCGAUGUCCCUUCGUUAGCAGGCUACCUACAACUAACGAAGCUCGACUGGCAGUACAAGACGGAGCCCACACCCUACGCGUGCUUAGGUUUUAAACAGCGACGGUGCAGUUGGCCAAGGGGAAAGGUGCUUGGAGGUUCCAGUGUACUAAACUACAUGAUCUAUGUGAGAGGCAAUCGUUUCGAUUUUGAUCAAUGGGAAUCUUUCGGAAAUCCUGGCUGGGGUUAUCGAGAUGUGUUAAAAUAUUUCAUUAAAUCUGAAGACAAUAGAAAUCCUUACUUAAACAAAAACGAAUAUCAUGGCAGAGGAGGAUACCUUACAGUUCAAGAAGCACCAUGGAGAACGCCUUUAGUGGCUGCAUUCGUUGAAGCAGGAGUUGAAAUAGGAUAUGAAAAUAGAGAUAUUAACGGAGCAGUACAAACUGGCUUCAUGAUAGCACAAGGCACAAUAAGACGUGGUUCAAGGUGCAGUACGGCAAAAGCAUUUCUGAGACCAGUUCGCACGCGUCGUAACCUAGACAUAUCUCUCAAUUCUCAAGUUACCAAAGUGUUGAUUAAUCCUAUAACUAUGAAAGCAUACGGAGUUGAGUUCAUCAAACACGGCAUAAAAAGAGUAGUGUUCGCAAGGAAAGAGGUUAUAUUGUCUGCUGGAGCCAUUAACAGUCCGCAGUUGCUCAUGCUGUCUGGUAUAGGCCCCAAAGAUCACUUAAGAGACGUUGGAAUUAAAGUCUUAAAAGAUUUGCCCGUCGGUGAAAAUUUACAAGAUCACGUCGGCGUUGGAGGACUAACAUUUUUAGUAGAUAAACCUGUCGCGAUAGUUCAAAACCGUUUACAAGCAUUCCCCGUUACAAUGAACUAUGUAAUAAAUGAGAGAGGACCAAUGACGACAUUGGGCGGAUUGGAAGGCGUUGCUUUUGUGAACACAAAAUAUGCAAAUAGCUCUGGAUUAUGGCCAGAUAUUCAGUUUCAUAUGGCACCAGCAUCUUUUUCGUCAGAUAAUGGCCAAAUAGUAAGAAAAAUUUUAGGUCUUACGGAUGAGCUAUACAAUACAGUAUAUAAACCGAUCGCAAAUAAAGAUGCGUGGACAAUAAUGCCUCUUUUACUGAGACCAAAUACGAGAGGAUAUGUCAGACUAAGGAAUUCUAAUCCCUUCGACUAUCCGAUAAUGAAUCCUAGAUAUCACGAAGACAGACUUGAUGUUAAUCGCUUGGUGGAAGGAAUUAAAAUUGCUUUAAAAGUGGCCAACGCAUCACCGUUUAAACAAUUUGGUUCUAGACUAUACAUGAAACCUUUACCAAACUGUAAGCAAUUUAAAUUUAUGUCUGACGAGUACAUCGAGUGUCAAGUUCGGACGAUUUCCAUGACAAUAUAUCAUCAGUGUGGCACAACAAAAAUGGGUCCUUCUUGGGACCAAAAAGCCGUAGUCGACCCGCGGCUGCGUGUGUACGGUGUGGAGGGACUUCGUGUUAUUGACGCAAGCAUUAUGCCAACUAUAGUAAGCGGCAACACAAACGCCGCAGUGAUUAUGAUAGGGGAGAAAGGAGCCGAUAUGAUCAAACAAGACUGGUUAGGUCAUAAGCGGUGA